AGCACCUCCCAACCUGUCCAAAGCUCCUCCUCACCCGCGGCCCGACCGGUCAAAAGCACGGCACGCCACGGCACGGCACACCAGCAUCCCAUUCCGACUCCCCAAGCGAACCACUCCGCAGCCGCAGUGGAGCAGCAGCGAGGGGCGCCCUCUCUUCGUCCCCACCCCCAGCCCACCACCCAUGGAGGCGCCGCCGGGGCCGGAGCCCAUGGAGCUGGACGCGGCCCCCCCGCCAGCCGCCGAGGCGGCCCCCGCCGGCAGCGAGAAGAAGAAGGAGGAGGGGGGAGAAGCAGUGACGGGCCACAUCAUCUCCACCACCAUCGGCGGGAAGAACGGGGAGCCGAAGCGGACGAUUAGCUACAUGGCAGAGCGGGUCGUGGGUACAGGUUCAUUUGGGAUCGUCUUCCAGGCUAAGUGUUUGGAGACCGGGGAGACGGUGGCCAUCAAGAAGGUGUUGCAGGAUCGGCGUUACAAGAACCGCGAGCUGCAACUUAUGCGCGCAAUGGGACAUCCCAACGUCAUCUGUCUGAAGCACUGCUUCUUCUCGACGACGAGCAGGGACGAGCUGUUCCUGAACCUUGUCAUGGAAUACGUGCCUGAGACGCUGUAUCGUGUGCUUAAGCACUACAGCAAUGCGAACCAGAGGAUGCCUCUUAUCUACGUCAAGCUUUACAUGUAUCAGCUUUUUAGAGGGCUAGCGUAUAUUCAUACUGUUCCAGGAGUCUGCCACAGGGACGUAAAGCCACAAAAUGUUUUGGUCGAUCCUCUCACUCACCAAGUCAAGCUCUGUGACUUUGGAAGUGCAAAAGUCCUGGUUCCUGGUGAACCCAAUAUAUCAUACAUAUGCUCUCGUUAUUAUCGUGCCCCGGAGCUCAUAUUUGGUGCAAUCGAGUAUACAACUUCUAUAGACAUAUGGUCAGCUGGAUGUGUUCUCGCAGAAUUACUUCUUGGUCAGCCACUGUUUCCCGGAGAGAGUGCGGUUGAUCAGCUAGUAGAGAUAAUCAAGGUCCUUGGUACUCCAACUCGUGAGGAAAUUCGAUGCAUGAACCCCAACUAUACCGAGUUUAAGUUCCCUCAGAUAAAGGCUCAUCCGUGGCACAAGAUUUUCCACAAGAGAAUGCCUCCUGAAGCUAUUGACCUUGCUUCUCGUCUCCUCCAGUAUUCACCAAGCCUUCGCUGCUCUUCUCUUGAUGCAUGUGCACACCCCUUCUUCGAUGAGCUCCGGGCACCGAAUGCACGCUUGCCAAAUGGGCGUCCAUUCCCUCCUCUCUUCAAUUUCAAGCAUGAACUAGCAAAUGCCUCUCCGGACCUCAUCAACAGGCUGGUACCGGAACAUGUUAGACGGCAAAACGGCCUGAACUUUGGGCAUACUGGGAGCUAGGAGGAGGGCACUUCCAUGCCCAGCUUUUUGUUCGCUCGUUGACUUCCAUGCCCUACUUCAUGUUUCAAGUUUGGAGAGACCGACCCAGCAGCAGCAGAGAAGUAUAAUUAUGUAAAUUAUCUGACCGUAAAAUCCCCGCCAGUGUUAAGUACUUGACGGGGCUUGUUGCCGGGGGGGGGGGGGGGGUGGCGGGAGUAGGUAAGGUAAGAAUGCAGGAGGGUGGAGACAGGUUUAAUGCUAGGCUAUUUUUGUUUCUUGCCAUUCUGUAGUGUUUGCUGGUACUUCCCUGCAGUAGUGUAGCUGCUCCUUUUUUUGUUCGUUCUCCAUGAUGUAAAUGAUCACCACCCAACUGUAGUGACUGUUGUUUCGUUACAUGGUGAUUCCCCAGAUC